AAUUGUGGAGGCAUAAUGAUUGAGUAUAAUAAGAAUAAUUAUCUUGCUGAGAGUAAUAUAAGGAUCCAGAACCGGUUGCCAGUGCAGAACAAGAUGAGGGUAAGCAUUACUGUCGUGGUCGUGCUGUUGGCAACUGCUGCAUACGUAGCAGCACAGCUUGGUCGCGGCUACGCUCAGGGUCGCUUGAACGGGAUAGAUGUUGACUCCAUCCUAGGCAACAAACGGGUGCUGCAGUCCUACAUCAACUGCUUCAUGGACAAGGGCCCCUGUACUCCCGAGGGACGGGAGGGCAAAAAAUACUUUCCGGAAAUAUACAAGACAAACUGUGCCAAAUGCUCUGAGGAACAACAAACUCUUGUGAAGAAAACUAUCAAGGCGUUUGUUACCAAAAGGAAAACCGACUGGGACAUGAUAGUUGACAAGUAUGAUCCUGAUCACGCCCAUGAUAAGGAUUUCCUCAAAUGGGUUAAUGAACCUUAAAAGUAUUGUUUGCAAAUAAAUGUUUUAAAAUAUAUCUUUAUUCACCCAUUAGUCUAUUUUGUCUGAGACUUAAUUUUACAAUACAACCAACAUAAAGAA